GCGACUCCCACCUGGGGAUACUUCACCAAUCCUGACGCUGGAACUGCCGCGGAGAAGGGUUACUUCGGACCAUGGAGACAAUGUAAACUUCUUCUUUAUGGACGUGAAUGGUGCGGCCAAAGCGUCUCCAGGUUUCAACCAGUGUUGGCUGUGUGGGUGGCGGGAUUAGCUGCCGCUGCCGCUUCUGCCCUUUUGGGGAUUCUGGUCGCUUUGGCUGUGCUUCAAUUAGCGAUGGCCUCUUCCGCGAAGCGAGUUGUAAUUUCAUAUAGUACUGCCUUAAUAGGCAAAGUCGCCCUUGCUACAUUGGCAACGGCAUUAUCGAUUGUAGCAGCGAGCCUCUUCGCUCUUCAAACAGAUGAUCGAGCCAAUAGUUUUGUCAUCACAAGAGGAGAAGCUUUUUAUAUGCAGUUGGCUGCCAUUGCCUUGAACUUUGGUGUACUGGUCUCUGCCAUUUACGAGGGCAUUUAUGCCCGAAGAGGUGGCGAUCCGACUAAGAUUAGGGUCGUCACAGAUCCUCGUGGAGCCACCAUAAAUAAUCCAGGAUAUCGGGAAUAUCACCAACCCACGAACGGUGGCACGAUCUCGAUGACAGACGCCAGCGGCAAGCCGUAUGUCGGUGGGGCCGGAAAUGGAUCGACGGCUUCGGUAGCGACUUCCAGUAGCGUGACUAGCACAGCCUCGCCCCUUAGGAGUUCUCUGAAGAAGCCUAAACCUCUUGGCAUUCAUAAUCCUGGCUUCUCGGCACACAGCCCAACCUUGUCGAGGAACGGCUCGCAAAAGAAAUAUCGUCAUCGUUCAAGGCUGUUGCGACAGGAAAUUGAAUGGUGAUGACAAGACGUCUACUCGAAGUAGUUCCAUGUGCAUGUUCCAUUAACGGUAGGUGAUUUCCAAUAUCACUAACUAUGGUUGAUUCGGCGAUCAGAGACGAUGUCUUUGCGGUAUCAAACGAUUUUUACUGUUCCAUCAUAGUCGAAUGUUAAAGUUCUCUGUAGGUGACGUCGUCUAUGAUUUUGAUAAUGGGACUUUUAGUAAGUUCCAAAGAUGCGAAUCAAAUCGUUCGUGAGUUUGGUAUAAUAUCGUUAAAAUAAAAUGUAAAUAAGUUACGAUUGAUAAUCGUCGGAAUUCUUCAAAGCUACCUGAGUUAAAUAUCAAAGAAAUUCAGAUCAAACGCGUGGUUUGAAUACGUUUUACGCCAUGCUGAUUCCUACGAACCGGCACCGAACUUUCCGUUUACUCCAUGUCAGUGCAGCGGUAUGUUUCAAAAACUUUAAAAUAUUUGAUAGAUCUGCUUUACAGAACAAAAUGUACUAUGCCUUUUGUGUGACUGAUGGCAUCACUUUGCUUCUCAUUCUUUUAUUUAUUUCAGUUCGCGCAUAGCGCGUAUUUUUCCAGUCGACAGUAUUGUGUGGUGUAAACGGAAAGUUUAACGAAAUAAGCUCGGCGCUUAACAUGUUAAUAGUGACUUGUUGAAUAUAUUAGGUCUUUUUCAAUUUUUCUACAAUAUCUUUACACGACAUAUACAUUUAUAAGUGGAUUAAUAUAAUAGAAUAUAACGAAAAUGAAAUAUGAUAAAAAUAUUGGCAGGAGAAAAGGAUGGAAAAUAGAGAAACAUAUCAUAUAUGAUAGAAAAAAACGAGGAAAAUUGCAUUUGUUAUAAAUAAAUCAUGAUGACGCAGAAUCU